AUGAUAUAUAUCAUAACUCGUGCAUCCAUUUCAAAUGCAUAUCCCAUUUUUGCACAGAAGGGCUAUGAAAAUCCACGAGAAGCGACUGGACGUAUUGUAUGCGCCAAUUGCCAUUUAGCUAAUAAACCAGUGGAUAUUGAGGUUCCGCAAACGGUACUUCCCGAUACUGUAUUUGAAGCAGUUGUUCGAAUUCCUUAUGAUAUGCAACUGAAACAAGUUCUUGCUAAUGGCCCUGUUCCUGGUCAGAAAUAUAGUGAAAUCACGUUUCCUAUUCUUUCCCCGGACCCCGCUACUAAGAAAGACAUUCACUUCUUAAAAUAUCCUAUAUACGUAGGCGGAAACAGGGGAAGGGGCCAGAUUUAUCCUGACGGGAGCAAGAGUAACAAUACAGUUUAUAAUGCUACAGCAUCCGGUAUAGUAAGCAAAAUCCUACGAAAAGAAAAGGGGGGAUACGAAAUAACCAUAGCGGAUGCAUCGGAUGGACGUCAAGUGGUUGAUAUUAUCCCUCCGGGGCCAGAACUUCUUGUUUCAGAAGGCGAAUCUAUCAAAUUUGAGCAGCCGUUGACAAGUAAUCCUAAUGUGGGCGGAUUUGGUCAGGGAGAUGCAGAAAUAGUACUUCAAGAUCCAUUACGUGUACAAGGCCUUUUGUUCUUCUUAGCAUCUGUUAUUUUGGCACAAAUAUUUUUGGUUCUUAAAAAGAAACAGUUCGAGAAGGUUCAAUUGUCCGAAAUGAAUUUCUAG